GGAGGAAGGUGUGCGUGAACGGUUCGACAAGAUGUCACUGGCAUCACCGCGCAAAGCUCCAUCGGAUUCGUUCACGAAUGAGUCGGACAUCGAGUCGGAGGCACGACGUGGAGGUAACUCGAACCGGUCCCGUUCGGGCAAUGAAAGCUUCAGCUCACCACGGAAGCCAAACUCGGACUCUAUGACCAACGACUCCGAUGCCGAUUUUGAGCGCCGUCGACAGGCGAAACUAAGGGCCGCCCAGAACAACCUAUCUGUGGCGAAACGUGUGACAUCAGACUCCCUGACGAACGAGUCCGAACCUGAUGCGGAUCAACGGCGACAGCAGAAGACCAAAGCAACGCCACAGUCGGUUCCCGUACCGUCCAAGAAGGUCACGAGUUCGGAUUCCGAUGGACGCGACCGACAGCGUCGCAAGAGUGAAACCAAAGUGGCCAUUACCAAGACUAACCCGGUUGGCAAAAAAUCCGGCUCCCAGACUCCCGAUACGGACGGUGAUCAGAAGCGACGGUUCGCCGGAAAGCAGCAACGUCUGCGUAAACAUUCGAGCACGGAGUUUGUCGCCAACGAUGAUGAGGACGAGCAACCGAAAGCUAGUCGCCAGGAGAGCCAGAAGGCGGAGACCGUGUCCUCACCGGAGCAAGUCGUUAAUGGACUGCUAGAGUUCCGCACGAUCUCCCCUUCAAAAUCGGAAGCCUCGGACGAACAGAAGCACCUGAAAACGAUCGAAAUCAAGAACAUCAUCAACGACAGUGUUCGAUCCGGAGAACCGGAGCUUGGUCGCACGGUACUGGAGGACUCACCACCACCGGCUGCCACCGUAGCACCCGAUUGUGAGUGGGAAUGCGAGUUCUGUACGUAUGUGAACGAGCCUGGAGUGAAGAUCUGCGCCAUCUGCUGCAAAACGGCCUCGAUCAGUGUGGUAAGCAGUGGGCGCGUAGAUACGGACACCGAUGCGUUGCCGGCCCGCUCACCACCGCCUCCCGAUGUCGUCCCCGAGGAACUGAUGGCACAGAUCACGGAAGGGAAGCUACAGAUCGUGCCACCCCAGAAGCAGCUGGUGGGAGAUGUGAAGAAGAAAGACGGCGACAUGGACGACGAGCACCACGAGAUGGGCGUGCGGGCUAGCGUAGAAGGGGUUGAAAGUCUUAGUUCUAAACAGGCGCACGGAGAGGCGAUCGACAUCAAACAGCAGGUAGUGAAGGAGAAGGUAUCCACUGGAUGCGGUCCAUCGCCACCGAGGGAGAUCGUUGGGAGGAGUACUGCCGGCACUGAUACGGUGAUCAGUGAUGGUGAUCAGAGAAUACAGGCAUCGAUCGGGACAUCACCACCACCACCCCAGGAUAUGUCCACGCAGACUUACGACACAUUCGAACAGGUUCGCAAUGAGGCAGCAAAGCUAGAGCAAACGAACGGACUGCCACAAGAACAGGCACGCCAGGAGGAAGCACUAACGUCGUCCCUCUACAAGCGAUCCCAUUCGCUUGCCACACCGCAGAUGCUGCAAGUGGAUCGACCGGCCAGUCGCAACAGCAUAUCAAGCGAUACGCAGAGCCUUCCACCAUCACCACAUGAACUGAGCCCUCAGCCUGGCUUGCAGAGCUCAGCUCGUCAUCAGCAAGCGUAUCAACCGAGUAAUGCACUGAAUCAACCGUCUCAUCCAAACCACUCACCCUCAUUGCAUCCUUCACACCAUGGGCCACCACCGGAUGAUACGUUGUCCUAUCUGGACCGUGCGAUCCAUCAAAUCAUACAGACGGCCGCAAGCCAAUCAUUGGGGACGACCACGGGCGGACGGGGAACUGCUGCGAAGGAGAACGAGAAGCAGAAUAUGUACCGAACCUUCAACGAUCUCCGUCGGAUCGACAAGAUCGGUGCAUCUGCGAAAGUCCCAAACACCUCCAAGAAGUCAAUGCAAUCGAGCAGCAAAACGAUGGAUGAUCAAAUUGAAGGAGAUGAAUCGGUGCAACGCGAGGAGCCCACACCGAUCAAAGAGAAACCAUCCGAAAUGACGCUUCUUUUGAGGGAAGCAGAACGAUAUCAGUUCACGGGCGAGGAGCUGCAGGCGGCGAUGAAUCAUUGCGGCGAGAAGCAUCCAGUCCAGUGGCUACGGGACAACUGGAACAAACUCAUCGAGACCGUGCAAACGUUAGCGACCAAGUACGGGCACGAAAAGCGUGAGAACACGAUCGGCACUAUUUCGACCGCCGAAGCACGGGACGCGCUAAGACAGCACAAGGGUAACAUCUGGCGUGCCAUUACGGAGUGUAUUGAGCAGCGGCAGCGCAAGUACCGUGAGAUCGCCUCCAAGGGUAACUUUACGCGCGAAGACAUCGUAACGAGUCUGACGGCGCACCACGGUAACCUGGAGCUGGCCCUGGUCGAGCUGAGUAAAACUCAGCUCAAACCGUUCCUGAUGCGUAUCUGGGGACCACCGAAUGGGGCCGACAAUGAUAGCAGUAAUCUGCUGCUGCAGCAAGCGCUCAACGAGGAUCGUACUGGAAUUAGUGAUGAUAUUGAACAGUUUAUCAGUGCACAUGUCGAGCGGGAGCUUCUUGGUGAGGGAUCGCAAGACGAAAAGCGUGUAGAGAUAGAAGAGCCCCCACGAGAGCUGAGCUCGAUCGAGCCAGAAAAGGUUGAGGAAACGGUGCAAGAACAGCAAAACGAUGCGGUAGCGGUACAGGAGCCACAGCACGAAGAAGAGGUAUGUGAAGAGCAUGCAGUAACCGCGUCCAACACCGAGAUUCUGAAAGAUAUCGAGGCGCUUAUAAUGCAAAUGGAGCGCAACCAAGAGUCAGCGGAUGUGCCGGUGUUGCGUAAUAUCCAGCAGCUUCUGUCGCAGUUGGCCGGCCCACGGUCACGGGCAGCCUCCGUCACUUCGGUACGUUCGCAGGCAAGUGAUCGUAUCACGAGCAAAAGUCCCAUUCCGGUUCCACGUCCCGUCAAACCAUCCGCUCAUUCGGACAACCACGAUCCGACCCGUACGACAGCAGACGAUGUGCGUGACUUUGUGGAGGAAAACAUACAGGAGAUUCUGCCGAACCUGGUGCAACAGGUGCGGCAAGAGCUCGACUCUGUGAGCUGGGUGACCGAUCGGCAGGGAGCGGCUACGAAGACGACGACACUGGAGGACGACAUACGCGAGACACUGAUGAGGGCCGAGUACUCAGAGAACGAUUACAGCAACAUUCAUUUCUUUCCAUUCGAAAAAGCUCCGGAACGGGAAACGAUCUUUCCAGAGCGCACAACAACACAGCAGACUCAGGUAUUACCGGUUCGAGAGGUGAGGAACGACGAGGAGGAUGAAAGUGCACACAUACAGCAGUUCUUGCAGCGUGCCAUUCGCAACGAGAAGGCUACCACGAUGUUCGAUCAGUAUAAGCGACAUCACUAUCAGAUAGACAGUAGCUCCGAUGAAGCACGAUAUACGGCCGAUUCGACCGAUUAUUACGAUCUUGUGAUGAUCAAUCAGAAACUUUUAAGUUUGUUACAUACUCAGUCAGCUAAACCUGCGCCAGUAGCUGCGUCUGCAGAGAUUCUUGCCACGGAACAGCUACCAAAGGAAGAGACACAGGUUGCAGAGCAAGAUCCAGUGGCCGAGGUAGAAGAGGAACCUCUACCAAACUCCACGGAACAGGCAUCUGUAUCCGAAGCACUUAUGGAGAAGAAGACGAAUACCAAGAAGCGCCGAGGAUCGCGUAUUCCCGUGAACAAGAACAACUAUCUCUCACGCCGGCCGGUUCUCCGUAGUUCUUCCGAGAGUGACUUUGAAGUCCUAGGACAAAACACCAAACCACUAUCUCCUCCAGCCAUUGCGAUUGAUCAUGUCGAUGAGUUGCGCCAUGUUGUGGAGAAUAUUGAACGAAUUGAACAGUCGCUAGAAGGAGAUUUAGAGAUUGAGAAUGCGUCUGCUGUUGUGGAAGAGGUUGACUUGAUUCUGGAACCCAUUUACAUUAAUCUUCCAUCCAAAGAUGAGUCUGUCAUCGCAGAGGAGUCAGCUCCGAAGGAAGCAGAGGUAGAAGUGCCUCAGGAGCAGCCGCAGCAGCUGGAACCGCCUGUUCAGGUACAAGAGCAACAAACUACGUUGGAAAUUGCACCUGCUGCCACGGUAGUGUCUGUAGAAAAUGUCAUAGCGGAACCUAUGCCAUCUGCUCAAGCUGCCCAAGCUGAUGUUUUAAGCAUACCAGCAACUCCAGCCACAGUUCCCUUGGAGGAAGCUCAAGUUAAUACACCAGAUAGUGCAGUGCCUCCCACCGAGACAAUACCUUCUCCAAUCGAUGAAGAUCUAAUGCAUAGCUCCAAGCUGGCAAACAAUCUCUCCGAGUUGGUACUGGACACGAAGCGACUGAUCCAACAGAUGAAGGAUGAGAUCAACUCCGACAUUGCAACGUUCGAUGAAGAAGAUGCUGUGUAUGAUGGGGAGUAUUACGAGGAUGAGUACGAGGAUGGGUGGGAGGGUGAGGAGGAAGAGGAAGAAGAGGAAGAAUGGGAGUCUAACGAAGAGUACGAUGGGGACGAAAACGGUGACUUUUAUGAGUACGAGGAUGAUGACGACGAUGGAUCGGUAAUGUUCUCCGAGAUGACCAUCAUCGACUCCAACAAUGGCAGGUCGAGAAGUGUGGAGCACCCCAAAAUGGACGUGAUGCCAACGCAAGAGCCCCCCGUGCUCGAAUUGCCCAAGAUAAACAUGGAGGUGGUGCGGGAGAAUGAAAGAAACAGCGCAUCGGAAGUCAGUGAUCUUCCGCUCGACAGUGACUUUAACGAUGCGCUCAGUGUGAUAGAGCAGUCGGUUGGAGAGAUGAGAAGUAUGCUGCAGCUGACGGAAGAGGCACUCGGGCCGCUGGAACUGGCCAACCCACUACACCAUGCCUCGAGCGUGGAAACAUUGCAGAACAGUCCGGAGCAGAGUGAAAUGAGUGAGCUGACCCUAGUGCCCGAACCGACUCAUAAGUCCGCCGAAGAAUCGAGUGAACAAACGCUGGAGGCAGAAGAGAACCUGC